AUCUAUAUGGUGAGCCAUACCCAGCUCAUCUACAUAUUUAGGGGACGAUGCUGGAGGGAGCUUGAUAUUUAGGAUAUAAAACUGAUAAACCAAAGCAAGAGCCAGUCGUUUGAUCAUCUCACCAUCUGAACAGAAUCAUGGGAGGAAGAUCAUCAUCAGACGCGUCGCACAGAAAUACUGGUGAGGCUUCAAGAAAUGGGACCCCAACUGGUCUGGCUGUCAAUCCGAGCAGAGAUACUUCUGGAGCAAUACAGCUGGAAAGCAUAGAUCUCCAGCAAAGCACUAAUGCAACUGCACACCGUACCAUCAGCUAUAUGAGCAAAGAACUCAUUGUGAGGAGAGGUCAAACGUUCACCAUGAAUCUCACAUUCAACAAGCCUGCACAGACUUCCGACAAUCUCAAAUUAAACAUAAGUACAGGAUCUAUAAAUAUUGAUUUACCAAUUCAGAUCCCAAGUCAAGGCGAUGGAGCAACUUGGAGUGCAAGCUGUACGCAGAAAAGUAACACCUUGAUAGUCAAACUCAACUCCCCAGUUAAUGCAGUCAUUGGGUGUUAUACUAUGACCAUCAGUUUCUCCAGUGGAGGGAGUAACACUUCAAAAAGCCUGGGAAAUGUGUAUGUGCUGUUUAACCCUUGGGUUAAAGGCGAUGCCGUGUACCUGGAAAAUGAAGCUGAGAAGAAUGAAUAUGUUCUGAAUGAAACUGGGGUCAUUUUCUAUGGAAGUGCGAGCACUCUAAGGGCAAGGCCUUGGGACUUCGGGCAGUGUGAAGACGAUAUUUUGAACAUCACUUUAAAAAUACUAGACAGUAGUAUUGACUAUAAAAGGGAUCCAAAAAAAGAGGUGACUCUGAGACAUGACCCAGUCCAUGUGGCGAGAGUGCUAAGUGCCAUGAUUAACAGCCAGAAUGACAAUGGAGUCAUUGUGGGGAACUGGAGUGCGGACUAUACAGGAGGAGAGAGACCUACAAAAUGGAAUGGAAGCACUGACAUCCUCCGCCAGUGGAAGAAUAAUGGACCUGUUCGAUUUGGGCAAUGUUGGGUCUAUGCGGGUGUACUCUGUACAGUGCUAAGAUGUCUUGGUAUACCCACACGAGUCAUCACAAAUUUUGCCUCAGCUCAUGAUACAGAUCAGAGUCUCACUAUCGACCGCUAUUUUGAUAAGGAUGGAGUUGAAUCUGAAGAAACAGCUGACAGCAUAUGGAAUUUUCAUGUAUGGAAUGAAUCUUGGUUUGUCAGGAGUGACAUUGGCUCUGAUUAUGAUGGCUGGCAGGUUUUGGACGCCACUCCACAGGAACCAAGCAAAGGGUUAUAUCGUCUUGGACCCUGCUCAGUGAAGGCCAUUAAAGAGGGAGAGGUGGACCUUGAUUAUGACGCCCCUUUUGUAUUUUCUGAAAUGAAUGCUGACGUAAUUGACUGGUUGAUCUCUCCUGAUAAUUCCAAGAAGAAAAUUAGCUCAAACACACGCUCAGUAGGAAGAUUAACCAGCACCAAGGCCAUCAAUUCAGAUGAGCGUGUGGAUGUAACAGGCAAUUAUAAAUAUGCUGAAGGUUCUACUAAAGAAAGAGAAAUAUUCACAAAAGCUAAAAACAAACUGGCAAGUACUGAGUCUGAUUUGAGAAGAUCCACCGUCGCAUUCUCGGCCGAUGAACCAGCCCCCAAACCUGACUUUACUGGCAAUUUUAAAUAUAGUAAUGACAUCGAGGUUGGUCAUGAUGUCACAUUCAGCCUGUGUCUACAAAAUACAAGCGCUAAUGAGAUGACUCUGCAAGCAAACCUGACCGCCUCUGCGAUUGUAUAUACCAAUGCUUUGGUCAAGGACAUCCUAACCAACACUCAGUCUGUGAAACUGGGGCCAAAUGAAGAAAAGAGCAUCCCAUACACCAUACCAUAUACUGAAUAUGAAAAUGCCAUAACUGCAGACAACAUGAUUAAAGUUAUGGCAGUAUGUGAAGACGAGAAAAAAGGUAACCUCCUGGUGCAGGCGGUGAUCAUACUGAAGAACCCACCUAUCAAGAUUAAGAUCACAGAGAAAGCCCAACUAAAUAAAUCACUAACUGUAGAGAUAACAGUCACCAAUCCCACUCCAGACGAAGCCCAGAACUGUGUUAUGACCAUUCAGGGGAGUGGGCUGGUAAAGGAGCAGUCCACAAUUCAGGUGCCCCAACUGAGUAAGAACCAAAUAUCUGUCAGCAAAGUCAACAUUUUACCAUACCGAAUUGGUCAAAGAUGUCUCAUGGUGGAUUUCUCAUCUGAUAAAUUCUCUGAUGUGAAGGGGUCAUUGGUUAUUAAUGUUGCUUCUUCUUAAACAAACCAAAAUUUAUUUUCAAGGGUUAUUGGAAUUCACAUAAGUGAACAAUUGAACGUCUUUUUUACAUUUUUUUAUAUGGACCUAUAUUUAACCUAUUACCAUAAUUAUUGUGUGCCUAGUGAUGGGGAUGCUUGCCAUGACUGAUAAUUACAAGCACAAAUCAAACUUUUUAAAUCCAAUGAAUGAAAGUUUAAAUAAAAAGAUUAUUUCAGUGGUGUUCCUGCACAGUUCUUUCAGUUACCUGAAAUGUUUAUUCUUAGUGUGGGUUCACAUUGGCGUUAUAUAGAGUUAGAACGGAAUAUAACGGAAUUCUGGGACUGAAUGCAAAAUGGAAACCUUUAAGGGGCAUUCUGUUUUGCUCCGUUCUAAUACAUGUCUAUGUGGGCACAUAACGGUUCAGUUUGUUUCCGUUAUACAUGACGGAAAAAAUAAUCCUCUGUCCUAAUACAUGUCUAUGGGGGGCACAUAACAGUUCCGAUUGUUUUCGUUAUACAUGACGGAAAAAAUAGUCCUGUCGACAGGACUAUUUUUUCCGUCAUGUAUAAUGGAAACAAACGGAACCAUUAUGUGCCCCCAUAGACAUAUAUUAGGACGGAGAAAAACGGAAUGCCUCUUAAAGGCUUCCAUUUUGCAUUCUGUCGUAAAAUUCCAUAAUAACUCUGUUAUAAUGGAACCAAUAACGGAAUUCGAUAACGCCGAUGUGAACCUGCCAUACUUGGCUGGAUACUGGGUUUUUCAUGUACAUUAAAUUAAUCUAUGUUUAAAAUUGAAAUUGAAGAAUUUAUAA